AAGAGAUCAGCUCGGUAAAUGUCGAUUCACAGACAUGCGGCGUGACCUUUACUAUAGACAUCCACUGCAAUGUCUCUGGAUGUGUUCAUCGAGAACGCUGUACAGUAUUUACAGCAAGAGGCUUUGUGGGAAACAUUGAAGUAGAUGACUAAAAGGGUUUCCUAGUGAUUCAUUCUCCUUCACUUGAACACUAAUCAUUUGACAAACUCCUAGUCAGGAAAAAUAUUUCACUUUGUGGUGUUAUUCCCGAAUGUGUGCAAAUGUUUCUCGUCCCUUGUCUCCCUCUCUUCCGUCUUUUUCUUCUCCUUCUCCUCUCUCCACUCACCAGACCUAAUUCAUCAUCCUCCUUUCCACUGCCAAAGAGAUUUAAUGAUAAACAUUAAAAGCUUUCCAGUGCAGCUCUGCAGAUGUGGCAUAAUUAUGUGUUAAUUAGCAAAGCCCGUAUCCCGUGUCUUUAUGGCACUAUGGCUUUCUGCUGCAAAACCAUCAUGCCAUCAUCUCUCCACUUCAUUGGAUUUCCCCUUUAUCAACCUGAUCAGGCCAGUAUUGAGCAGGGCAAUAAAGACAAUAAAGGAAUGGUCCAAAAGCCGAGAGGAGAGGGAUAGAAGGAAGGAAGGAAGGAGGAGACGAGGGCGGUAGGGAGAGGCAGGGAGCUGGAGAGAAAGGGUGAUGUCACCUCCAGCCAGCAGCGAAUCAGACGCAGGGAGGGAGAGAACGAGCGAGUCUGAGAGGGUGUGCGUGUGUGUGUGUGUGUGUGUGAGAAUGUAUUUUUUUUUCUAGCACUGCAGCAUCAGCGCACAGAGGCCACCAUCAAUUUGCUAGAGAGGAAGACGCACAAGACUUCACCUCACGGAAGAGAGGGAAAAUAUCAAAUAAGGGAAGAACGUCUGUCACGUUGGAAGACAGCAGGAGGCGUGGACCUUCAAGAGACAGAGAGAGAGAGAGAGAGAAAGAGAGCAGGGGGAAUAAGAAACAGAGCCAGUGAAAAAGAGGGACGCUGAGAGAAGCUGCGGAGAUAAACUGCACCGGUGAAGCAGAAGAAGCAGAGAGAGUGACGAGGUGUUGAUUGUGUGUGCUGUUUGGAGGUUAUCCUCACAGUGUGUUUGAGCCUGGGAGCAGGUGCAGCUUUGAUGGAACAGUGAGCAAUGCCUACCACGCUACUACAGCAGGCUGGCAGCAGGGGGCGCCACCUAAAUCACCCUCUCCCGCUCCUCGGUACCCUUUUCCUUCUGGUGCUCGCUCCUACGCCAGGCCAGACUGCCAUCCGUAUUGCAGAACACUACCGCGUUAAAGGCCUAAAGACGCCCCCACAGAUAACUGUCCAACCUGAAUCCAUCAUUGCCUUCUCCUCUGAUGACAUCAUGCUCAAGUGUGAGGCAACUGGGGAUCCCUCUCCCAUAUUUCGAUGGGUUAAAGAUGGAAUGGCAUUUGACCCAUCCAGCAUCUCUGGUGUCACCACAUCUCUCGAUUCUGGGAGUUUUAUGGUCAAAGAAUCUCCCAUUCACCAGUUCCAUGGCAACUACACCUGCCUGGCCUCCAAUGAGCUGGGCACGGCUGUCUCCAACGAGGUCCACAUCAUCACCGAGGAUACUCCUACAAUACAACGUGAGAAGAAGGAGGAGAAGAGGGCGGAAGAAGGAAGUCCUGUUAUCUUACACUGCAACCCUCCGCAAAGUUCUGCGACUCCUUUGAUUCACUGGAUGGAUAGGAGUCUCCGGCACAUCAAGCAGAGCGAUCGUGUGAUUCAGGGCCGUGAUGGAAACCUCUACUUCUCUCAUGUGACCCUUGGGGACAGCAGAAAUGAUUACACUUGCAACGUGCAGUUUCUGGGAGCCCGCAUCAUUGUAGCCAAAGAACCCAUUAGCCUAAAGGUCACAUCGUCUAACUCAUUGCGAAACAGACGGCCUCAGAUGAUGAGACCUACCGGCUCUCACAGCUCCUAUCUGGUCCUGAGGGGCCAAACCUUCGAACUGGAGUGUAUCGUCCAGGGCCUGCCCACUCCCUCCAUCCAGUGGGUGAGGAAGGAUGGAGUGCUGCCUGAGUCUCGUACAUCCAGUAAGAACUCCACAGAGAAAUGGCUGCUGCGCUUCACUAACAUCUCAGAGCAGGAUGAUGGGGAGUACCAGUGCACAGCCAACAACUCCCAAGGCACCGUCACACACAUUUAUACCGUCUCUGUGGAAGCUGCUCCGUACUGGAUAAAGGAACCGGUUAGUGAACUGUACGCCCCAGGAGAGAUGGUCCGAUUGGAGUGUCGGGCAGACGGGAUCCCAACUCCGCAAGUCACCUGGAGUAUCAACGGAUAUGCUCUCUCGGAUAUUGACCCGGAGUCGCGGCGUACUGUAAAAGGAGGAACUCUCAUACUGGAAAAGGUGAAGCUGAGUGACACUGCAGUGUACCAGUGCAAAGCCUCUAAUAAACACGGCACCAUACUUAUCAACGCCUACGUCUUCGUUGUCGUGCUUCCUCCACAGAUCCUGACGGAGGACUCGUUGUUGUACAGAGUGACCGAGGGAAAGACGGCCAAGUUGCAGUGCAUGACCUUCGGUUCGCCCCGCCCGAAAGUCACAUGGGAGCGUGAAACCUGGGACUUUGUCAUUUCCAACUCCAGGAUGAAUCAGCUAAGCAAUGGUACUCUGGAGAUUAGCAAUGUAUCCUACAAUGAUACAGGACUGUACACCUGCUCAGUGGGUGAAGACAAACUCAGCAUCACUGCCGAGCUGGAAGUCCUCAACCAGACAGUGAUCGUGAAUCCUCCUCAGGCCCUGUAUGUUCAGAAGGGGAAGACGGCCACCUUCACCUGUCAGUACCAGAUGGACGGCAAUCUGGGUCCGCCUCAAAUCCUGUGGAGGAGAACCAACAAGAAGCUUGAUGAAUCCUCUGAUAUAGACAAGUACAUAAUUGACGAGACAGAGCUCAUAAUAAAUGAUGUCCAGGAUGAAGAUGAGGGUGUUUAUAGUUGUGAGGUCAUAACAAGUCUGGACAUGGCUGAAGCUAGUGGCAGCCUCACAGUUGUUGACCGACCGGACCCUCCUUCCAUGCUGCAGAUCACUGAGACUGGAGAUCAUGCAGUAACUCUGUUAUGGGUUCCUGGGGAUAACCACAAAAGCCCUAUUUUAGAGUAUGUGGUGGAGGCUGAAGAGACUAGCACCGACACAGAGGAGUGGGAGGAGCUUAUGCGGGCAGCUGGAGACACUCGGCGCAUCAGGCUCCCACUGAAACCUUUCCUCUCGUACCGCUUCCGGGUCAUUGCCAUCAACAAGAUUGGCAAGAGUGACCCCAGCCAGCCUUCAGCAGCUUUCUCCACUCCUGCAGAUCGACCAAGCAGUAACCCAGAAGGAGUGCGCAGCGAGUCCCUCGACCCAGAUACGCUUGUCAUCACAUGGAAGGAGAUGGAUAGAAGGAGCUUUAAUGGCCCGGAUUUCCGCUACAAAGUGAUGUGGAGGAAGGUUGUAGGCAGUGGGCCAUCUUGGCACUCUAACUUUACCACCUCACCACCCUUUGUUGUCAUGGAUGUGGGAGAUUUCAGCGCAUUUGACAUUAAGGUGCAGGCUGUUAAUGUUCUGGGAGAGGGCCCAGAACCUAAAUCUACCAUCGGCUACUCUGGAGAGGAUUAUCCCGUGGACGCUCCUCUGAAUGUAGGAGUGGAUCUGCUCAACAGCACUGCCAUCAGGGUAACGUGGGCCCCGGUAGACAGCGAGACCGUGAAGGGACAUCUGAUGGGCUACAAGAUCCACCUGGCGUACUACGGCUCCUGCGGCAAACACCAUCACCAAAAGUGCAUCAGUGGAGAAGGCGAGCCACUGAAUGUGGUUGUAGUGACAACCAGAGCUAACGAGGAGAAAAAGGUUCUGGGAGGCCUGCGGCCGUAUUCCUCCUAUUCUCUCACCGUUAGUGUCUUCAACAGCAAGGGAGAUGGACCCGAGUCAGAAGCCCGGCCCUUCCACACGCCUGAGGGAGUUCCUGGUCCUCCCACUUCUUUGAUAUUGUCCAGUCCCUCUGAGACGGAGAUGACUCUCCACUGGACUCCACCUUCUCAAGAAAAUGGAAUUCUGGUCGGAUACCUACUACAGUACAAAGAGUUAGACAAUGCGGACAGCCCCAUGCAGGUGGAGAAGAUUGGUGACCCCACAGUGCAUCAGAUAAACAUUAAAGAUCUGGACCGUCAUAGCCGUUAUCGUUUCUACCUGCGGGGGUACACUGCAGCUGGAGAAGGCCUGCCCAUCACCAAAGUGGGAGCGACUACACUUGAUGGAGGUCCACCUCGCAACUUUAGUUUGUCUGUCGGAGAGUCGGUAGUUAAUCUAAGCUGGGUUUUUCCUGAGAGACAAAGGAAUGUCGGUUUCCAUAUCAAGUACAUGAGGACGAAUGGCCGCGGAAGAUGGAUGAAGUCAGAGAAAGUGAACACGUCUCAGUCCUUUUACUCCAUGCAGGGCCUCCAGCCUGGAUCUCAAUACUGCUUGCGCUUCAUCUUCAGCAAUGGUACCUUCUGGGAAACUAACAUAGAAACAAAAGGAGCAGGAGUGCCAGAGAAGCAGAGUAGCUUUGCUACUGAAGGCUGGUUUAUUGGGCUCAUCAGCGCCCUCGUGCUGUUGUUGCUGCUUCUGCUCAUUCUCUGCUUUGUCAAGCGGAAUAAAGGUGGAAAGUAUUCAGUGAAAGACAAGGAGGAGGGCCAGGUGGACUCGGAGUCUCGGCCUAUGAAGGAUGAGACGUUCGGGGAGUACAGAUCACUAGAGAGUGACAAUGAAGAGAAGCGCACAGCCAGCCAGCCGUCUCUGUGCGAUGACAGCAAGCUGUGUAGCGACGAUGGCCUGGAUGAUUACGGCAACAGCCACAGCGUUCACACCAAGGUGACCAUGGACGAGUCUCUGGCCAGUCAGUGCAGCGGAGUCAGAGACGGGCUGGAGAUCGAGAGGCAUGACAGCUCGCCCCUUAAAUCUGCCGCUACCAACCACGGCCUGCCCAACUCUGCUGUUGUCCUCGACUAGCGGGGCAGCGUGAAUCAGAAGAAGACUCCACCCUGGACUCACAACUCGUAUCUGAACGACUGACCAAACAAUAAAUAUUACACACAGUGCAAUGUCAACGUGUACGCUAAAGCAAAUGCCAAGUAAAAAAAAAACAACAGAUACAGUGCUGGGACUGACUUUAGACAUAAUCUGACCAACUCUUUCACCUCUGGUAGAGCCAGAAGGGAGGAAUAAUUUACAAUAGACUAGACUAACCUUAUGUGUAGGGACUGCCAUGUUUGCGAAUUGUUUACAGAUAAAAAUCUCUCUUCUCUUGUAAUAUGUCUUUUCAGAGUAGCCUGCAACAAGCAUCCCAGUUUCCUGCCUGAUAAAAUUAUACAGAAUAGACUUUCAUUAAAGGACAAAUCCACCGUGAACAACUUACAUAUUACUCUUUAUAAUUCACUGGCAUCCGAGAUUCAGUUUGUAAUGAGACGUUUUUAAUUUCAUCGACAUGUCGGUCUAUUUUCACUUAACAAUGCCUUUGAUCGUGGCACCUGUAGGAUUUCGCCCUUGCUUCCUCUCUAAAUAAAGAGAGCGAUGCAGCAGUGCUUUAGUCCUUUAGUCUGUCCGGCUCUCCCACCUCACCAUCUGUACGCUCUACUCAAACAGAUCAGCUUCCAAAAGGUUAACUUUCAUGCUAGUACCACCAACACUGCCGCGCUCGUCAUCACAUUCUCCAGCUCUGAAUCCACUGUUUGCGCCAAUCUUUCCGCUGUUUCUCGUUAACACGAUACUGAACAUCACUAGAAAACGGAAGAGAAAAAGGAGCUCUUUUGUUUUUUUAUGCGCUAACACAAAACCUGGCAAUUAUCUCUUAUGUUUGAGAUUGCGAACAUAUUUUUUCUCUCUCUCUUAUUAAACGCCAUUGUAACUGUGCUAGCAAUGUCACCAUGUGACGUAAUGGCAACAAACGACCUCUAACUUCUCAAAAGACAGCACCGACCAACAAAUUAUCGCCGGAAACAUGAAAAAAACACAUCACAAAUGUUUCAAUUUAACACACUGAAGGUGUUUCAGAGUAGAGUUUUCCUUUAACGAUGACGAUUUUUAAAGUGACGCUUUAGAUUUAACGUGACAAGGACACUUAUAGACACCGCAUGGUUAAUGCCAAAUACAGGACAGUGUGCACAGCAGAGAAAGAGAUUGAGGGCCUUAAAAUCCUGGUAAGUGCAUCAUGUAAGCAUAUGUACGACACAUUGCAUAUGAGUUGCAUUGAUGUAGUUCAUUAUUAUAUCUAUAUAUAUACAUAUAUAAAUAGUUAUGUGGUUUGCCAUUUCAUUGUCUUGCCUCAUUGUUUGAGAUCUAUGCAUUUUUUUAAUUUGAUUUUUUAAAAACUUUUUUGGACAAUUUUGUGAUCAUCUUUUCUCGAGUGAGGUUUUUUGUUGUUUUUUUUUUUUUCUCCUUGAAUUUUGUGUCCUUCUACAAAAUACGCAUCCAGGACUCCAUAGCCAAGCUGCCGGCACUUAGAAAUAUAUCCGAUGCAAUGAUCCGCUGAUAUGAGGUGCUUUAUAUCAGGCUGUAUGUAGUCACUCUAGCAGUUAGCCAUGCCCAGUAUUAGAGAGCUGCCAUCUCAGAACCCUGACCAUUUUCAGCUCUAACGUUUCUCAUUUGUGCGUAGCUCCCUAUAUGUGUGUGUCGCUUUGUAUUGUAGUCUGCAUAGUGUAUUAAACGAUGUAUACUGACAAAUCCUCUCUUGCAGUCCUGCUGGUAUAAAGCCAUAUGUAUACACUUCCGAGGUGUAUUCGGGUAUGAGGUAGUAUUGAAGUUGAUGGGGUUGUGAGAGAGCACAUCACACAUACACACAUACACUAAUUUCAGCUUGGUUAAAACAAUCAUGUGUAAUUAACCCAGUUUGUGUCUUACACAGAGAAUGUAUGCUUUGUUGGGGUCGGAAUUUUGAUUCCUUACCUGUAUACCAAAUAGCAUUUGUUCCUGGUUCGAUCGAUGUGCGAUGUGCGUGCUGUCUUUAAGUUUCGAUAAGCAGUGUUAUGUGAAUAAAACUGAACAAGAACAUCACGAGACGCCUGCUUAAAAGAAAAAAAAAAAAAACAGUUUCGAUUUUGUUGUUCUGAAGAAACUGAGAAAAAAAAAGCUCUCGAAAUUUAUUUGAAUGUAAAUAAAUUCCAAACGAUUGUUUUGCUAUGGCCUCUAUUUGUAACCGUGUCUUGUUGAUUGAUUACCAUGGGUUUUGGGGUUGUUAAUGUUUUAAUUCUUAACCUUUGACCUUUUGUCUAGUUAGUUGUAAGAUAACUGUUCUAGAUAAGUAGAGAAUAGGAUUUUUUUUUUUUUUUUUUCGGAAAACUUAAAAAAGGAAGUCCAAACAAGCUGUCCUUUCAUAUUGUGAUGAAAAUCCGAUCACGUCGUUUUUAGAAAAAGCAAAAUACAACUUCAUGGCCAUUCAAUAAAACACAAUCGGUUUCUUCUGAGAAUUCCUUUCCUGCUCUGUUUGCUUACGAGUUGCAGUAUUGUGUGUAUCUGUUGUGAAGCAAUUCCUGCGCAAGCACUAUGAGGAAGCAGAGGUACUCGAGUCUUGUUUGUAUCCAGCACACACACACACACAUAUACACGUGCAGGGAGAAAUUACAAUGUGCUGACUUAAGCUCAUUGAAAGCACUAAGUCCCCUGCAGUGAAGUGUACUCGUUGGGGAAGUGUGUGAUGCAGUAAGUCUGGACUGUUGGUUUUAAUUUGUCGGCCUCUAUGUUGUUGCUAUACAGACACACUCAGGACAAAGUUCUCCUAGACGUUUAUUUUCAUACAGGACGAAUAAGUGAUGUGAAUUGUGUCAACGUUCAACCGAACUGCUGCUAGACGUCCGUGCUCUGUUAAUGUCCCAGAACUUGCAGAAAUACGCUACACAGCUGUUUUGCUUUUCGGAAGGCUGUAGCUGCAACAUUGCCUGUUGUCAUAUAAUACGUCAUAUUACUGUGGCAUUUUACCUAUAAAUAUAACGUAGUUUCUGAUCAUUUAAAAAUCUCUCUAGGCUCAGUUCUAGCUCCAAGACUAGACAUCGCUUGAUUCAAAGUAUCUCUCAUAUCAUGUAUAUCCUAUGUUUGUUUGUUUGAUCUAAUAAACCGUUAAAUAAAUCGGAUCUGAAUGAGAGGAUUGCACUUGUAGCUGAGUGAUGAAUAGCCAUGUCCAUGUCGCUUUUCCUUUGCGUUUGUCUAUGCCGUGGUGCUGAGUGGAGGACUGGGCCAGUGACUGUGGUGGGCUUGUAAUAGAAAAUGAUACUGUAUGUAAAUCAUGAAUCAGCCACUGUAUGUAAAUGCUUCAAGAAUAAAAAUCCAUGGAACAA